CCAGUCAACAUCACAGUCACUUCAAUCGCUUCAAGUGUUCAUCAUCAGUUCUCCAAGCAACAACAAAUAUGAAUACCUUGAUUGUAGUGCUCAGUUUAUUGGCCUGUGCGUUGGCCUCUCCGGCACCCUACGUUGUUUCUAGGUCGCCGGCCGUUCAAUUCUCAAGAUCCAACACGGAAAUUCUUGGACAAAUCAAUCAGCUGAAUGACGACGGCACCUACACUUUCGGCUACGAGUCCGCUGACGGAUCAUUCCGCGUCGAGAACAGAGAUAUUGACGGAUAUGUAUCCGGCAAAUGGGGCUACGUCGAUGCCAACGGCCAAGUCCAAGAGUUUGAAUAUGUCGCCGGAUCGACAAAUGGAGAAGCGAUAGGAUUCCAAGCUCGUGGAACUGCUAUCCCUGAAACUAACCGUGCUCAAGGAUUCCCAGUUUUGUCAUCGGCCGUCUCAGUGGACCAGAAAUUCCAGGACUAUGAAUAUUCCAGCGUUGACGACGACCGCGAUGGAUUUCCCGAUAACCUUUUCGAUGGAUCGUUCGGGACCCGCAACGUUGUCAAACCAAAUAUCGUCCGUUUGACCGGCGGCCAGACUUACAACGAAAAUGCAUCGCCAAUUCUUCGCGCUGUGGGUAAUCCUUCCAAGGUUUCCGUCCAGCCUUCCGUUGUCCGUCUGGCCACUUCGUCCCAAACGCCGUCGUCCGUUGUCCGAGUCGUAAAUCCUGGCCGGAACACUCAAAAGUCUGUCGUCCGCUUGGCAACACCUUCCAACACUGUCCGCUUCGUCAAUUCGGCCCAGGUUUCUAACCAACAACAGCAGAUUGUCCGUCUGUCUAACACUCCAAAAAGCGUCAUCCAACCUGCUCGAUUGGCCGGCGGAGGGUAUCAGGUGGUCCGUCAGAUGCAGCAGCAGCCCCAGCAGCAGUUCGUCCAAGUUGCUGGCCAGUCUCUCCUUCGCUCCCCCAGCUACUACACCAGCAAUUACGGUGGACAACGGUUUGUUUCACGCUCUCCUGUCGUCCGCUCUUCCGGAAGACUGAAUCCCUUUUUCGGAGGCGUCGCUACCGCCACCAAUAACGUCAGAGAUAAUUUCGGGAGUUUGAUGAUUAGAGACAAUAACAAGCUGACGUCUACUUCCAGCUUUGCUCCGUCAUCUGUCCAGACUGUCUUCAUAGACAGUGAUGACUUUGAUGACUUGAACGACUUUGAUGAUGACUUUGAUGACGACGAUUCUUUUAUUGUAGGUUCGUCGGCUUUCCUCGGUUAAUUUAGCGAUAACUAUAUUUGUCAUUAUUAGGGUUAUAUGGUCAUAUGAUGUUUGAAUAGUAGAAAAUAUAUGCAGAAUUCUUUAAAGCAA